AUUUAUUGUACCUACGUUGCGCAAUAUGAAGCGUUUAGAAACUUGGUGGGUUAUAUCUCUAAUCCUGUCGGUUUUCGGUUUCUUGAAAGAACUCAGACCGUCCGAGCCGUACAUUUUUGAAUUUUUGACCGGGGAAUGGCGCAACAUAACAGCAGACGUGGUGACCCAACAAGUAUACCCGGUGGGCACCUACAGCUACUUAGCUCAGCUUAUAGUAGUAUUUUUAAUAACUGAUCUAUGUCGAUAUAAACCUCUAAUAAUCGUCCUGGCUCUGUCUGGAAUUGUAAUAUGGAGCAUGUUGUUGUGGACUUCCGGUUUAGUAGAGUUGAAAAUACUAGAAGUAUUUUAUGGUACUUUUAUGGCAACGGAAGUCGUUUAUUAUAGUUAUAUUUAUGCAAAAGUUAAAAAUGAAUAUUACGAAAAAGUUACGUCUUAUGCCAGGGCUGCUGUUCUUGCAGGACGAUUCGUUUCUUCGGUCCUGGCUCAACUUUUGAUCUCCUUCAAAAUUAUGGACUACAGGCAGUUAAACUAUAUAACAUUUGCAGCAAUGCUAGGGGCAUUCCUCUGGUCAUUAUUAAUACCAUCCGUGGAAACCAGUAUCUAUUUCCACACAGGUGCGAAAGCAAAACUAAGUUUCCGCAAAAAAGCGGAAGCCGCUUGCGAGCUCUUGAAAACACAUUUUACCGAAUCGUUUUCUCAAACAUACGUGGUAAAAUGGUCCCUGUGGUGGUCUUUAGCAACGAGUGCCUUUAUUCAGGUUCAAAACUACAUGCAACCCUUAUGGAAGGAGAUAGGGGAUAAUGGAGACACUUAUAACGGGGUUGUAGAAGCCCUACUGACUAUAAUGGGUUGUGUGGGAGCCCUGUUGGUGGGAUACCUAAAAGUUGAUUGGACUAACAAAGGAGAACUGUUACUCUCAAUUUGUUCAAUGGUUUCAGCGACUUUUAUCAUCAUCAGUUCACAAGCGACUUCAGUAAUUUUGAGUUACGUUUGUUACGUACUCUACGGCGGUUUUUAUCAUUGCAUGAUAACAAUCGCAAGCAUGGAAAUUGCUAAAAAGAUCCCUACGGACAGUUAUGGACUAGUAUUUGGUAUAAACACAUUCCUAGCCCUGUUAGUGAGUACCCUUUUGACCAUGGUCUUUGUCACUGGUACGAUGGGCUGGUCACUGGCCAUACGAGAUCAACAUCUAGUUUACGGUUUUUAUAAUAUCGUGAUUACAGUAAUUUUUAUAAUUAUUGGAACGAUUAGCUGGUAUAGGAGCCGAAGGGACAUUACAAGGAGGUAUUGAAAAGUAUUCCUGUAAAAUACGUUUGAAUGGGUAGUAGCUACUCAAAAAUUGGGUGAUAAAAUUUGCUAUGUCGCUCUUAGAGUAAAUCAUGUAAUUGGCCCAAUUUUUCUUUUUUUAUUCUGUUCAUGUACAAUUCCCAAUCCUUAUUUUUCUGGCAUAUACUCAAAUCUUAUUACAUGAUUUAUUGGUUUUGAGAUACGUAGAGUACACUUUAGGAAAUUAAAGACAAAUUUCACUAUACUGAUGCCAUAUUUUAAAUUACAACAUUUAAAACAAU